UGGAUUGGGAACAGGUGUUCACUGAGACUGCGCACGACACAUUACUCUCACGAGGGACGUUGGGAUUUUUGUUUGGUCCUGUAACUUUGUCACACGGUUGAAAACAUUUUUACGACAUUUUAUUCUGUGUUUUAUGGCGGCGUGGCCUGCCCCGGGGCAAAAAAACGCGACAAGCUCGGAGGCGGAGAUCUCGUUGACUAAUAACAGUAGCAGCCGUUAGCAGCAGAAUUAGCAGCAGUGUUAGCGGUGGACAAAUAGAGUCCAGGCAGGGCCGAGGCAGAUCACUCAGCUACUCCAAGUUGAUCACUAACAUCAGAUCGCUGCUCGGAAGUUGAGAGGGAAAAAGGUUUGUGGACUCAUUAUGGACAGUCUCUCUAAAACUGAGUUUGUCAGUGUUUGUGUUCGGGAUCCAAGGCUCCAUAAAGAUGACCUGUGGCACACGCACGUUGACUAUGAGAUCUGUUUACAUACCAAUAGCAUGUGCUUUCGAAAGAAGACUUCCUGUGUGAGGCGACGUUACAGUGAGUUUGUUUGGCUGCGUCAUUGUCUGGAACAGAAUGCUCUGAUCAUAGAAUUACCAAAGUUGCCACCCUGGAACCCUUUCUUCAGUCUGAGGAACACACAACAGGUCUCCCAGAGAAUGAAGGGCCUGCAAGAGUUUUUAGAUGGUGUUCUUCAUACACCAUUAUUGUUAUCAGACAGUCGACUUCAUCUGUUCCUCCAGUCAGACCUCAGCAUGGCAAAGAUUGAAAAGUGUGCUCUUGGUAAGACCAGGUACACGGUGGCCGAAGCCAUCCAGCUUUCCAACAGGGUUUACAUCAGUAGAUUAGAGGACAAGGUUUCCUGUGAUUCUGACUGUGAAAGCAGCUCCUCAUCAUCAGGCUUGGGACUAAGCGUAGACACUCCGAUGCGAGGGAGCCCCCUCCCCUUUUUCGAGUCCUCUGACAGAGACCCAGAGCUGUUCAGCUGUCACUCCACCAGCACACUCAUUGAGCCCUGAUGCACAGCAGUUGUUCUUCCAUCUUCCUUUCUCUUUGGACAUAGGUCAUCAAUGUACUAACCUGUCUGUGACACUCCUUGCAUGCUUUCUUUCCUUACUUAACUUCUAAAGAGCAAGAAACUUUUACUUUAGUUAACUUCAUUAUUCCCCUUGAACAUUUAUUUUAAUAAUUUGCUUUAGUUUUCUCUUAAAGCAAUAACUUAGUCAUUUAAUUCAGUGUGUACUUAAAAAAAUAUUUUUCAUGUUUUUAAAAAAAUGUAUAGUAAACCUACAUUUGUAAUGGUACAUUCUUAAAAUAUUUCGUAUGUUUAUAUUUUUAUCAGCACUGAAGCUGUACUGUGGUUAACAAGGGUGUAUUUUGAAUUGUAGAUGGGUUUUUUUUUUUAGAAAAAUAUUUGAGAAUACUUUUAAGAUUUGUUGAACAGAUGAAUAAAUUGUCUUUUUUU